AUUUUGUAAAAUUUUAAGAUUUCAAUAAAUUUUUUCACUUUGGAGGGUGAUGAAAAUCGGAAAUUUUGAUGAAAAUUUUGAGAAUUUCGUGAAAAUUUAAUACUUCAGGGCGGUAGGAGGGAGGGAUAAUUCUUGGCAGGGUGGAUUCAGGAUUCAGGGCUUUAUCACCGAGCUUUGAAAAAAAAAUCAAAACAUUGAGUGCUUUAGGGUAUUGAAGGAAACCCCUGCAGUUGUACCUGAAGGUGUUUACAAUGUUACCAAUAUGGAGCAGAAGCUUCAGUCAUCUCUCAAGGAUUGGAUUGCAGAGGAACAUGGGAUUCAGGGAUCAUCUGUAUUUGGUUCCUCAAUUGAGCUAUUCUAAGGUUGCUGCAGUUGCAAUGCCAACUGGUGCCGAUUUAACAGAAAAAAAUUUCUCAGGCAAAUCAGAGGUAAAUUUGGAUAAAAUGUUUUGGUCCAGGCCCUGUUCAUUGGCAUUGGCCCCUGAUUCCCCAUUGAGAAUUGAAGAGCCCAAGUAUGAGGGCUUUCGGCGUGCUAUUCUGAAGCUGUUGCUGUAUUAUAGCAAAGAGAGCAAGUAUAUUCGGGGGGCAAAUGCAGUCUAUAUGAGAAUUGUUUCACAAAUUGAUAAACCAUCCAUUUACAAUGUAUUUAGCUUGGAGAAAACCUUUAAAACAACAUUCUCUUUGCUUGUACUUCACAUGUGGCUUUGCUUGCGCCGCUUGAAAGAAGAGGGAAAAGAAGGUGUUGAUUUUGGGCAAUACUUGUAUGAGAUGUACAAUCAUGAUGUGGAAGUGAGAGUAUCCAAAGCUGGGGUUAACUUACUGUUGGCUAGAUGGAUGAAGGAUUUGGAGAAAAUAUUUUAUGGAAAUAUUGUUGCCUAUGAUUCUGCCAUGCUUCCAGAAGCUAGUCUUGAUGAGCUCCCAAGUGUCUUGUGGAGGAAUAUCUUUUCUGAUGAUGGUGUAUCUAAACCAAAUGAUGCUGCAUCAAAUGCAGUCCAGGCAAUGUCGAGGUAUGUUCGGCGAGAAUCUAGCUGCCUGUCCCUAACAGACAAAGGAUCUAUAUUUUCUGGAAACUUCAUGUUCUCCUCAUUGGAGCAUCUGUCGGAUUCGAAGAAACGGUAAAAUGGCAAUGCCUCAGGAUAGUUGAAAUAGAAGUUUGUAAUGGGGAUUUCUACCUUAUUGGGUUAAAUAUUUGUAAAGCUCAUGUAUUCCUUGUAGGAGGGAAUUGUUUUGUUUUCACAUAUUUCUUUGUUAUUUUUUACCAGAGAAUUUCCUGACUUUUAGUGUUUAGUUUGUUUCAUUGUUAAUAUUAUUUUUAAUAAUAAUUAUAUCCAUGAAGGAUGGAGUAUGAGCA